CAGGACCAUCACCUUCUCCUUCAUCACAGCCUCAUCAUAAGAUUACAGGCACAACAUCCUCUAAAUACGACGAUCAUUGGCCUCUCCUCACCACGCUUGCUCGCACACGCGCAACACUUCGACUCUUGGUACCCCCCUUUGGCUCACCGCCUCGCCCCGACUGCAGUCGAACGUGCCCACCCUCCUCUUCUCCACCACAGCGUGACAGCUGAGAGUCGCUGCCACGGCUCACACAGCAGCAAUGGCCACUUCCAGCGCCAGCGCAGCCCCUUCAUCAUCAGAAGCAUCACAAGCACGCCCACCGCUGCCUAGCGAUGGUCAGGCAGCUCAACCGCCCUUGUCGGACCCCUCGCUCCAGAACUUGAAGAGAACGCGGACACUGUACAACACCUUUCUCUCCCCCUCGGGCUCCACCUCCUUCUUCACCGGCUCUUGGUUCGAGAGCAGACCAAUCAGAAAUGAUUCUUCCUCCAGCAGCAAGUCGUCCCUUUUCCACCCCUCGUCAUCUUCGUCGUCAUCUACCUCCUCGGACUCCGACUCUGCCGAGAGCUCAUACAAGAAUUUCCCCAGGAGAUCCACCUACGAGCAAUAUCGUUCUCAGGAGCCUCCACAGGCUCGUCUGAUACGACUUCGAGGUCUCUUUGAUGUCCUGAUGGACAACCAGAGGGACGCUUUGGCCGACGGAAGAGCAAAGGAGGCAUGGACUGCCACAGCGAGGAGCGCCAGAUACGGAGCAGGAGGCAGUCUCGCAAGAGGCACCUGGGCAGCAAAGGAGGCUGCAGACAAGGAACGGACACGCAAUCGCAAUUUGAGCGAAAAGGAGCGGCGACUGGAUGCAGACAAGACUGAUCCAGCCCUGGCAACGACUACGACGACUGCUUCGCCAGAAGCAGUCAAGGAGCCAGCAGUGCCCUCCCCGCCUUCACAAGGUUAUGCCAAGGAGCUGCUAGCUCAAUGUCGACAAUGUAGACAGGAGCUAGAGGAAGAGAGAGAGAAGAGAAGACGGAAACAUUCUGAUCGCGACUCUGAAGAAUCUUCUUCAUCAGGUUUCUGGAGCAACAUCUGGGGCAGUUCUUCAUCCCAAUCAGAAGCGGUGCUACAAGAACAUUCCGGAGACGCCAAUGCGCUGCUGUCACUCUGGUACUCAAUGGUUGGCCCUCCCGCCGGUCAAGAGGAUCAGCGUCCUCUCGAAGCAGACUACGAUGGCGAGUCCGGCUACACUGGCUCUCAAGUCUGGGGUCUCAGCUCGGUCAAGGGUAGCUCGAGAGACCGGGAGCGGCAAAGCUCGCGGAGAGAGGAGGCACAAGCAAAGUCUCCCAACAGCGAGACUGAGAAAGAAGAAGAAUUAGAUGAAGACGGCCACUAUGCCCGUGCGCUCAUGAUCGAAUGGGAGGGUUUCUUGAAAUAUGCCGAGACCAAGGAGCGAGAACUCUACAAGAUCUUCUGCGAGCUAGAUCGCAACGGAGAUAUGCGCUUAGAUGCUGCCGAAGUGCGGCAGUCACUCAAUAGAGCGGGCAUCGACCUUCCUCCUGCUUCACUCGAGGACUUCAUCGCCUCUCUCUCCAGCUCCACACGUACAUCCAACCCGCACGAGCAUUGGACCUUGCCGGACACGCAGAAUGCCUACAUUUCUUGGCCCGAGUUCAGAGACUAUCUCUUGCUCCUCCCGAGGCGCACAACGGUGACAGAGAUCUUCCGCUUCUACCAGGUGCGGAAGGCUUAUGGCCUCUUUGGAGUGGGCGGCGUCUUCUCAGACUUUGGCAACAAUUGGGGCAAGACGCAUAGGCACGGAGCCACGACUGUCACAUCCGAUGGCGACGUGAGCCUGGCUGGAGAGGAGAAGAAGAGGAGCGAGACUGGCAGCAAGUCUGCCUCUUCCGAAGAGAGAAGGACUGGUAGCGGCUCGAUAUCAGACUCGAAGGUGUCCUCAGACGACAAGAGCAAAGAUGCCGGCUCUUCCUCGGCUCAUGAUGGUGCUGAUGGUCAUCACGGUGACGAAGAAGAAGAGGAGGAGGACAAUGACAUGAUUCACUCGGAUGUUGCGCUCAAGUUCCUUCUGGCAGGAGGUAUUGCGGGAGCAAUCUCCCGAACGGCAACCGCGCCCUUUGACCGACUGAAGGUCUAUCUCAUCACCGCGUCUAGGUCAGAAGAUACAGCCACAGCGGGGGCUCUCAAGUCUGUCAAGCAGGGUCAGACUGUAGCUGCCAAGGACGCGACCAAAGUGGCUGCUAAAGGAAUGGGCGUUAUCGGGUCCGCCGUGACGACGCUGUAUCGUGAAGGUGGUGGUCUGAAGGCGUUCUGGCUGGGCAAUGGCUUGAACUGCAUCAAGAUCUUCCCCGAGUCGGCCAUCAAGUUCCUGUCCUACGAAAUGUCCAAGAGGGCCUUUGCCAAGUACGUCGAUGGCGUUUCCGACUCUCGAGACAUCAGCGGGACAUCGCGCUUCAUCUCGGGAGGAAUCGGAGGUAUCAGUUCACAGCUGGCCAUCUACCCGGUUGAGACGUUGAAGACGCGUUUGAUGUCCUCGCAAGGAUCCAAGGCUCCCAUCAGUCCCAAGACUGGCCAGAGGAUGGUCGGGGAGGAGCUUCUCAAGGCCACCGCUCGCGACAUGUGGAAGGCUGGGCCCUGGAAGACGUACUACCGAGGUCUGACACUUGGGCUGGUGGGCGUCUUCCCUUAUUCGGCAAUCGAUAUGAGCACGUUUGAAGGUAUCAAGCUUGCUUACAUUAGCUGGUCUGGCAAGGAGGAGCCGGGUACAUUGGCCCUGCUGGCCUUUGGAAGUAUCAGUGGAAGCAUUGGAGCUACCACCGUCUACCCUCUCAACCUCAUCCGUACUCGUCUGCAAGCAGCAGGCACCCCCGCUCACCCACAAGUCUACACGGGUUUCCUCGACGCCUGGAAGCGCACCUAUGUCCGGGAAGGCUUUGUUGGAUUCUACAGAGGACUCAUCCCUACGCUGGCAAAGGUAGUGCCGGCAGUGAGCAUCUCGUACGUCUGCUAUGAGAACUCAAAGAAGAGAUUGGGCGUCGCGUGAGCGGCGGGGAAGAGGGGCAGUACGAGUGCGAGUACGAGCGUGAGGGGUAAACAGACAACAGCAGAGGGCACAUAGAAAAGAAGAAAAGGCGCAGGGUCGACAUCAUAAUCUAUCCCGCAACACCUUCUUUGCAUCCCCACUUCUUCUACUUGCUCUCUUCCUUUUCCCUUCUUUUUGGACUUCAAGUCACCUCACACCAAGAUGGCUUCAUCCCCUGCACACACACAAUCUCAUAUCGCAUUACAUUCCGGCAUGCAAUGCAUUGACUUACAUCGGAUGAUCUUGACACCGGAACUGCGUGUGACACGACUGAUCCUGCAACGGACACUUUGCAGAACACAUCUUGCUCUUCCUGGCAAAAAGAGGCGCU